ACGAAAAGCUCGCCGGGAAGAUGAAAUUUCCCCAAGUGAAGAACCGUUCCCUUUCGUUGUUUUCCGUGGCGCAGAUGUGAAGGAUUUGCAUGUUAUGACCGCUCCGUCGAAAGCCCCAGCUCCCAAUCCAAUGAGGGUGCCAAAUGACCCUGCAGUCAUUUCGGACCCGGGCACAUGCAUCCUCAUGGGCCUCAUGGAAUGGGACAUGGGCCUUUCCAAGGCGUAUCUGGACCGCCGGGGCAGAUGCAGCCACCAGGAUUUGGUGGAUUUGGGGGACCUCCAUUCCCCGGACAACCGGGGCAGCCCGGUUUUCCAGGAAUGCCUGGCGGUCAUCCAUAUGGUCUGCCUCCGCCUCCGAUGGGCUUUGCUCCGUAUCCCCCUCCACCAUUCAACCAGCAGAAACCCGAUGAACAACUGUGGGCUCCCCAUGACUCCAACCAGGGGAAUUCAUCAAAUCCAGCCGCAGCUCCUGGGAUGAAUCAAUAUUCCCAGCCACCGCCACCGCAGCGGCCGCCGCAACAGCAACAGCAGCAGCCUGCGCAAGGUCCCCAACCUCAAAAGCCUGCGGAGGAUGCUCCGAAGGAGACGCGAGGGAAGAAUCAGCGAGACUCACAGAAACCACCGCAGAACGUUAAAGAGGUCACGCAGGCCAUUGAGAGAUUGGAUUUGAACGAGUCGGUCAAAGUCAGUAAGGACUCCCGUCCACAAGGAAAGCCUUCCACUAAACCGGACUCCGGAGAAGUAAGGCCGGAAAAGCGGAAAGAUUUGACUUCCGGGCCCACAGAGCGCGCUGCUCCCAAGGAGCCCGCGGUGAAGUCACCGAAUGCCGAAGUCCCUGCACGAUCAACUGGUCCCGCUGGUGGAGAAGAACAACGGAUUGCCGCCGAUCAAGCUGCCAAGCCGUUGGCGAAGCCUACUGAAGCAGGGGAGGGAAGCGCGGAGAAGGAAGUUAACGAUGUCAAUGGCAGAGAUGGCACGGACAGUCGUUAUGAAGCUCGUCUGCCUGGAACCGGCGCCCAUUUGGUGCAUAGUGGUCAGCGCCGCGGUCGAGGACGCGGAUUUAGGGGUAGCGCGCCGUCAUCUCGCGGAGGACGCAUUUCGGUUCCUGAUUCGGAUUUCGAUUUCGAAAUCUCCAAUGCAAAGUUCAAUAAAACCGAUGUCGCAAACGAAGCAUCGGCAAAUGCCACCCACGACGUGGUAGUGCGAACCGAAGCCGACGAUGACGAAGAAGAUGGUACUGAGGAGAGCGAGGACGAUCCUAGCUUCUAUCAGAAAUCAUCAUUCUUUGACAACAUCUCUUGUGAUGCAAAGGACCGCGCCGAAAGCCAUGACGGCAGGUAAGGGGCCGUCGCGUGAGACAGUUCGAAGAACGAAAGCUGAAUCUCGAAACGUUCGGACAAAUGGGCGUCGAGAACCGUGGCGGAU